CAGGCAUCGGGCCCCCAGGCGGGAGCGGCGGGCGCCGGACGCCCAGGCGGUGCGACAGGCAUCGGGCCCCCAAGCGGAGCGGCGGGCGCCGGAACCCCCCAGCGGCGAGCGACAGGUCUCGGGCCCCCAGGCGGAGCAGUGGGCGCCGGACCCCCAAGCGGGGGCGACAGGUCUCGGGCCCCCAGGCGGGAGCGGCGGGCGCCGGACCCCCCAGGCAGAUGCGACAGGUCUCGGGCCCCCAGGCGGAGCGGUGGGCAACCGGACCCCCAGGCGGAGCGACAGGCGGAGCGGCGGGCGCCGGGUACCCCCAGGCGGAGCGACAGGCACCGAGUCACCAGGCACAACAGUGGGCUCCGAGUCACCUGGCAUGGACCGCUGGCACUGGGUCAGACAUUGGAUCGUCUGGCUGGACAGCGGGCAUCAGGUCACCAGGCAUCAGGUCAUUUGGCUCGA